AUGGAACAGCAGAAUACAUCUUCUCACCCGCUUUUACCUCCUGGAUUUACCAAUCCAUCAUUUGCAUCCACUUUUUCAGGUAUAGCACCAGCCGCUGGAAAUGUUAGUAAUCCGUUGCUGGCUUCAACACUUCAUCAUCUCCAAGAAUUUUCGGCAGCUCAAGGUGCUGCUGGCUUAUUACCAAACAGUUCGCAGUUAACUCUGGGUAGUCAGUUUGCAGCCGAAUUGAAUAAUAUUGCAGCAGUUAGCUGGCCUGCUGCCCCAAAUGCGAAUACUGCUUGGCUUGAACAGGCUAAAGUUGCUGCCAUUUUGCCAAUCGAUGCAACAAAUCUCAAUCCAGGUGAAAUUGAGCUCACAGUUCAGAACAGUAUUGCAGCCAGCAGCGCUCUUAUCUCAUCUUCUGCUAUGCCGGUUAAUGCAGAUGUUUUUCCUUGUAAAGUGGAGAAUAGUAAUGUGCAUAACCUAAGCUCACAACCCUCAACCCCGCAACAACGAAGUCAACAACCGAAUACCGCUAUGGGUUCAACACAGUCUUCUCCUGCCAGUGCAAUGCUUGUAAUUGACAGACAACCAGGUUCCAUCCAAAGCCAUUGCUCAAAUGAAAUGAGACCUUGUUCGACGUCUUCCAUGGGUCCAUCUUCCGUUCCCAACCAUUCAAGCGUUGGUUCAAUUGAUCAUUUGCCGGGCUCUGUAGGGAGAGCACCAGUGCCGGAAACCGUCAAUACCAUACGACCGUGUUCACAGCAAAGUAGCUCCAAUUACGUCAUGUCGCGCGGAAACGACUCAUCCAACGCUCAUUCUCCUGUGCAGAUCGCUGCCAUGUCGGUCGGUUCACGUAAUUCAGCUGCACAACAAAAACCUUUCGAUCAAGACGUUGCAAAUCGUCCUACAGAAUUGCGUACUGUAUCUUCUAACGUACGAAAUGCCACUCCAGUUGGAACUUCAGAAGUUAGCCAAAACUCUUCAUCUACAGUUCAACAAACAUCGGGCACACCUCAUGAAAACGGAGCAGACAAUAAUAAUUUGGAAGACUUGCCAUGGUCCAGUAUAGAUCUGGCUGACAUUGACUUGUUUAGCGGAUCAUCUGUCGCUGAAAAAGAUGUCAUGCACUCCGUUCUGGAUGAAAUGGAUCCUACUGUGAUGCAUCGACUUUUGCUAAAUGAACCAUCCACAGGUUCUAGUGCAACUAAACUGCCUGUAAAUGUCUCGCAACUUGUAACACCGAAAAUUCGAGAAAAGAUUAAACUGAAAAGAGAAAAAGAAUUAGCUGAUGCAGAUAAAGAGUUGGACAGACUUCUUUCACUUGUUGCCAAAAAAGACGCUAUAUCGACACCUAUGUCUAAGGUUCUAAAGCCGCUUCAGAUUCUUGACCCAGUAUUGAUGAUGAAAUCAGAUACUUCUGAUGACCACAAAAUCAGUUUGAGCCCUGUCCAAUUCACGCCUCCAGAUUCACCCACAGCAUCCACGUCAGGCGGUGUUUCAUCAUCAUUAUGCAAUUUCUUCUUUCCCUCAUCCAACACUUCCACUAAUACUGCCGCUACCCGUCCCCGAUCCACACGUAACGAUGUUCCUUCAGAAAAAACACGUUUCCUAUUCAUGCCAGCAACGGAAAAGAAAAACAAAUCGAACAAAGUCCCAGUAUAUAAGCAGAAAGCAAAAACAUUCUUGCAGCCUGUGCACAAGACUGAGGAACACGAUGACGCAUACAAUUUCAAGGAUGAUGAGGAGGAAAGUAAACCAUUACCAUCCGGUGCAACCGUAUCUGAGACCCAGCUGCGAGAGCAAAGACUAGAGGCAGAAGUUGCACAGAGACUCGCACGAAUAAACAGUGCCCAUCCAGAGCUUAAAACAAAAACUGGAAACGAUGAACCACAAUAUCAGCAGGAUUUAUGGAGACACGUUGUACCAAAAAAACGUCAUUCAGCCGCAUCAGAAAGACCGUCUGUGCCUUCGACUCCUUUAUUGCCACCUGCUGCUGUCAAUGAACAUCGCGCAGAAAAUUCGUCAAGUCAGAAAGUAGCGGAACCUCAAACAAUAGUCGACUUGUUGUUGCGCCGUAAACAACAUCGCUCAUCAUUUGGUUUCUUAAAGACGAAAUCCCUUGGCGAUAAAGAAACUGCCAAAAAUGAGCAACAAAUAGGACCAUCAGUGAUUACGAUUAAGAUGGAACCGAAAACCGGUUGUGAUGCCGAAAAUGGUGCUCAGUCGGAGCAACCUCUUCCGAAGUUACUGAUCAGAUUGCCCCGAAGAUCAUUCGAUGAGAAUAUGGUAGAAUAUGAGAAACCAAAGAAGAAGAAAAAGAAGAAAAAGAAAAGAGACAGUGACUAUGAAUGGGUAGGCCCUGACUCAAAAGGCAAAAGGAAGAAAAAACAUAAACAUAAGCAUCACCACAAAAAAAAGAAAAGGCAUGCAUCAGACUUCGAAGAAGAACUUAUGAACAAGCAGAGUGAGCAGUGGAGCACAUCUGAGAGUAUAAACAAAGAAGCGACCGUUUUUAGUAAGAAAAGACGCCUCAUAAUGCAUUGGAAUGAAAGAGAGGGAAGUCGUGUAGAUUCAGAGUAUUGCCGUGACCGAAACUCUUCUUUGCCAUUGGGGAAUAAUAAAGGACACCACAAUACGCAUCCGGAAUCCUCAGAGCACAGCGUUUUAUCGAAGUUUCAUCCAGUAGAUGGACAUUUAGCGAAAGGGACAUUCGUAGUCUGCAAAGCUGAUAUCUUGAAAGAAGACUGUCCUCUCUGGAGAGUUGAUAAUCAGAACUUGCUACAGAAGUAUCCGCCUUUCAGGCUUGAUGGCAAAAUAACUUACAGGAACAGCUCUACGUAUUCCGGUUGGUGUGAUCAAAUCGCUGACAGUUAUAUUGUUGUGCGAGUGCGUUUCAUCAAACACAGUCGUUCGGAGUCCAUAGUCGAGCCAGAAAUGCCGUUAUUAGAUAUGUUUCCAGCAAUAAGCAUUGAAUAUGAAGAGCGACCAUCUGCCAACUCAAGUAUCGCAUCAGAACAGAAAGAUCUCUUCACAGAUGAUCCAAUCCGAAAGCAAAUGUCUGUAUAUGUAAAAGCGAUGCUUAAUCAUGCGCUUGAUAUGACAUUCCUCCAGACAGUAAGGCAAAAGAACGAUUGGAAUUAUUUAUGUGCUUUAAAUGGUAUCGAUAAAUUAAACCAAGAAAGAAAAGAGAAAGUACAGCUACGAGUGAAAUGGAUUCAGCGAUACUUGGAUUUGCUGCAUUUUUAUUCGUCAUGUGUGGUAUGCGAUUCAGAGGGCAGUGGCUUAAGUUGUCAGGCUUGUGGCAUUUCUGGUGUUGAGAAAGUUGUGCAGUUGUUUUGUAAUGAAGGUUACGAUUAUGAUACUCUGGAAGCUGAAGAAGUCUGUUAUACAGGGUCUGGAUCUCCACUGCAUGCGGUGGAAUAUUUGGUUUGUUGGUCUUGUGCGAAGUUGUCGAGAAUUUACCACAAAUUGCAUCAUAUGCGGUAUAUGCUGUUAAAGAACUGCGAAGAUAAGCUAGAGAAAGUUAGUGCUGGAAACAGGGAUAUUUCAUCAGAGUUCAUAGUGGAGACCUGUAUGAACGAUAUAGUAUGGCUACGUUCAGUUGUCAAUGAAUAUGCUGAUCUUUGGAGAAGGAUUGAGAUGAAUACUUGUUGA